AUGUCGGCCUAUCCACGAUUCUUCUCGCAACCCUUCCGGUACCUGCGAUGGGCUGCCAUUGAGAAGCCGGCCAUCUUCUACUCGAUAGUCAUUGGGAGCUUGGGACCUGUGUUGGUCUUCACGGUGCCGCCAAUCCGAACCAGGCUGGGAGAUCCAAAGAGACCGGAGAUUCCCCUCACGUAUCCAGUUCCAACGAGUCCCAGAAAACCUUUAGCUGGCUAUGAUGACGAAUGA